CGGAAGCUUUUGCUCGCUUCCGUCCACUCCGGCAAGCGAAGUCCGGAGAGCGAGGCCGCCGUCGCUAUGUCGGGUUCGGCUUCUGGGUUGUCCGGCGCCGGGGCGAGCUCGGUGAGCUCCGUGGUGCGGCGCUUCCUGGCCGAGUACAGCAGCGGGACGCCGAGCCGCCUGAAGGUCCUGGACGCCUAUCUGCUCUACGUCAUGCUAACGGGGGCGUUGCAGUUCGGCUACUGCCUCGGCGUCGGCACCUUCCCCUUCAACUCCUUCCUCUCGGGCUUCAUCUCGGCCGUGGGCAGCUUCAUCCUCGGCGUUUGCUUGAGGAUUCAAAUCAACCCACAGAACAAGGGAGAAUUUCAAGGAAUCUCACCAGAACGGGCCUUUGCAGACUUCCUCUUUGCUAGUACCAUCCUACAUCUUGUCGUCAUAAACUUUGUAGGCUGAUGAAGGAGCCCUAGCCCGGACUUUUCUUUUUGCUGAAGACUGCCCUCUGUUUUGCUGAAGACUGCCCAACAACAUCACAGACUCCAGUUUGUCUCCUAAUGGGAAAUAGUCUGAGGAUCAAAAUGGUUGGCUAUUGCCAUUUAUGUCCCAAUAAAUUCCCUUUUGUUA